UUAAAUUUAAACACACAAAAUGUUCGCCAAUUCAUAUUUUAUAAAAUUGCUAACGCGACAAUGCACAACCAACGAUCUGCAGCACCUGUUGCUCGUCUUCUUCACAGUGCUGACAGUGAUCUGCUUCCUGCAGAGGCUCUUGAACGCCUAUCGGGAGCUGCGCAAGCUGCCACCGGGUCCAUGGGGUUUCCCCGUUAUCGGUUACCUCUUCUUCAUGGGCAACGAGAAGCACACGCGCUUCAUGGAGUUGGCCAAGCAAUAUGGCUCGCUCUUCUCCACGCGUCUGGGCAAUCAAUUGACCGUAGUGAUGAGUGAUUAUAAAAUGAUACGUGAAUGCUUCAGGCGUGAGGAGUUCACCGGCAGGCCGGACACGCCGUUCAUGCAAACCCUGAAUGGAUUUGGCAUUAUCAAUAGCACCGGCAAAUUGUGGAAGGAUCAGCGUCGUUUUUUGCACGAAAAACUACGUCAAUUCGGCAUGACUUAUAUGGGCAACGGAAAGCAUGUUAUGGAGAAGCGUAUUAUGACUGAAGUACACGAAUACAUGCACAAUUUACGCGUCUCCGAUGGCCAACCCAUGGACAUGGCGCCCGCUAUCAGCGUAGCCGUUAGCAAUGUCAUCUGCAAUAUUAUGAUGUCCGUACGUUUCUCCAUUGAUGAUCCGAAAUUCCGCCGUUUCAAUUUUCUCAUCGAAGAGGGUAUGCGUUUAUUUGGUGAGAUACACACCGUCGACUAUAUACCCACCGUACAGUACUUCCCCUCGAUUUUGACUGCCAAGACGAAAAUCGUCAAGAAUCGCGAGGAAAUGCAGCGUUUCUAUCGUGACGUCAUCGAUGAACACAAAAAAACCUAUGAUCCCACGAAUAUACGCGAUUUAGUCGAUUUCUAUUUGGCUGAAAUUGAGAAGGCCAAGGACGAGGGACGCGAUGAGGAACUGUUCGAUGGAAAGAAUCAUGAGGAACAAAUUGUUCAAGUCAUCAUCGAUCUCUUUUCCGCUGGCAUGGAGACAAUCAAAACCACUUUGCUCUGGAUCAAUGUCUUCAUGCUGCGUAAUCCCGAAGCGAUGCGACGCGUACAAGAGGAACUCGAUCAGGUGGUCGGGCGCCAUCGUUUGCCUUCCAUAGAGGAUUUGCAAUUUUUACCCGUGACCGAAUCGACAAUUUUGGAAUCGAUGCGUCGCUCUUCGAUCGUGCCGCUCGCGACUACACACUCGCCAACAAGAGAUGUUGAAUUGAACGGUUACAAAAUCCCCGCCGGCUCACAUGUUAUACCGCUCAUCAACAGCGUACACAUGGACCCCAAUUUGUGGGAGAAACCCGAAGAGUUCAAUCCACGUCGCUUCCUCGACUCCGAGGGCAAAGUGCGCAAACCAGAGUAUUUCAUACCGUUCGGUGUGGGCCGACGCAUGUGUUUGGGUGAUGUGUUGGCGCGCAUGGAACUGUUUCUCUUCUUCGCCUCGUUCAUGCACAGCUUCGACAUCACGCUGCCCGAGGGACAACCAUUGCCCAGUUUGAAGGGCAAUGUAGGCGCCACCAUUACACCGGAAACCUUCAAGGUAUGUCUAACGCCGCGGCCGCUCACGCUGAAAGCUGAUGCCAUGAAACCACCAGCUGAUUUACAAGACGCGCGCACGUUAUAAGUCAAAUGUCAAAAUGUUUGACACGCGCGCUUAUAACUAAGUAAGAGCGAGAGAGAGAGAGAUGUGAGCGUGGGAGUAGUGUAUGCUGCAGGCGACUACAUGCAGUUGAAUAGCGUACGCGC